ACUCGAAAAAAUGAACAAGUUGGAAGAAACUUCUGAGAAGGAAGAACGUGUCCCUCUUCAAACCAGUGAAAGGCAUCGAGAUGAGAGCACAAAGCCAGAAAAGGAGGAACAAACAGAUGCUGCAUCUGCUGAACAGCAGAGGUGCUGUCCUUCUGUGAUUCCUCUGUUGUUAAAUUUAAUUUAUCAGAUUUUUAACAGAGAGCGUCCGACCGGACAGGAUGAAACCAGUAACAAACUGGUGCAGGAUGAGGGGAAACACACAGAGGUAGAAGAAGAAGACGAGGAUGAAGAGAAGAGGGAGAUGGGACACAGUGACGUUGUGAUUUGGCCACAGAAAGUUCACGAUGGUCUGUCUAAUCAGGGAGGCACAUGUUCCCUCAACAGUGACCAGCAAGUUUUCUCCAUGACACCAGAGGUCCACGAAAGAGAGUGUCCGACCGAUCCAGAAGGUCAGACAGAUGAUGCAGCUGAACGACAGGAUGAAAGCAGUAACAAACUGGUGCAGGAUGAGGGGAAACACACAGAGGUAGAAGAAGAAGACGAGGAUGAAGAGAAGAGGGAGAUGGGACACAGUGACGUUGUGACUCGGCCACAGAAAUGUUAUUAUGGUCUGUAUAAUCAGGGAUCCACAUGUUACCUCAACAGCAUCUUGCAAGUUCUCUUCAUGACACCAGAGGUCCACAACAGGUUGGAUCCAGAAAUACAAACAGAUCUUCAGCUGAGAAAUAUCUUUGAAGGCUUGAAGAUGAAAACAUGUGGAACAGAAACCAUCACAAAAACAUUGGGGAUUGCAGAUGUUUAUCAACAGUGUGAUGCUGCUGAAUGCCUGGAGUGGAUUUUAGAUAAGGUCAGCCCACAAGUCUCUGAGGAAAAAGGCUUUCAAAGGAUUUUUGACUCUAAAUCAUUCAGUGGAGGCAAUAAGGUGUUCUGCAACGAAUGUAAAAAGGAAACGGAGGCGACCAGGGAAUGUGAGAUGGUGAAAUUUCCUCAGACUCUGAUUCUACUCCUCAAGAGAUUUGAUAUUGACUACAACACCAUGUCACAUAUCAAAUCAGACCUCUCUGUGGAUGUGCCACCUUCAUUACAAAUAAAGAACAAGACGUACAAACUGAAUGGGAUGGUGAAUCACGUGGGUCAGCUAAGAUUUGGACAUUACACAGCCAUCAUCCUGUCCAAUGAGGAUAACACCUGGUACGAGUUUAAUGACACUAACGUAAAAAAGGCUGAAGGACAACCAUUUGCAAAAAAGACUUACAGUUCCCAGACUGCAUAUCUGCUCGUGUACAGAGCCUUAUAGAGUCUCAGAGGACCGUAAAACCAAUUCAGAAGUUCUGACAGACAAGACAAAGGAACAAAAGGUUAAAUCAGGUAAUCUGAAGGAACAGGUGGAGAUGAGGUAGAACAUAAAAUAAAUGACAGUGAUGACAGACUGACUAGAACCUAGACAAGGAAACAUACAGACUACAUACGUAUUACAAACAUACAUUACAUAUUGUCUGACAAGCUGGGCACAGGCUAACAAAUGCACAAUGAAGCCACUCGAAACUCUUUAUAAACGAAGAAGUGCUUUUAGUCAGUCAGCGUUCUCUGUAACAGAAUCUAAACAAUGGAAUCUAUUGCCAAUGCUGAUAAGAGAAGCAAAUACUUAUCGUUCUUUUACUGGUCAGCUAAGGAAGUGGCUAAUUAAUCAAAUAUGUGCACAUUAGACUACCUACUGCCCACUGAGUUGCUUGCUUGCAGAUUGUCUUUGUCAGUUUUUUUUCUUUUCUUGUUAUGGUUUGUCUAAUAUGUUUUUUGUUACUUAUUUUUGUGUGUUGUAGCUGUCUGACUAUUAUUCUGUAUGUAUUGUUAUUACGUGCAGACUGUAAUAAGUCAUUUUAUGUCAUUUUAAAUCUUUAUUUUAGGUUGACCUUUUAAUAACUGGCCAGGGGCAACAGAUUAUUUACAGAAAAUUAGCCUAUUGAGCUAACUCAGGCUCAUUUACAGUUAUUUUGCUUUUAAUUAAUGAGCACUGUCCCAGUCAAAUAAACAAAUAAGGGGUAGAUAAGGAGGGACAGGUAAAACCGGCAGACAAUCACACAAGGCAGAAAACACACAAACACAGGAAGUGAAGCUGCACAAGACACAUGAAGAAAGACUCUUACAACAUAAAACAGGAAAUAAGUUAACUAAAUCAGUAACAAGAGGUGUAAGCCCUAUGUCUGAAAAAAAAAAAAUUCUCACUUACUUUCCCACAAGAUGAGAAUUCUCUGAAACCUUGCAGAACUUCAGCAUCCAACAUCCAGAAAGGCCCUUAUUUUUAUUUAUGGAUUUGUUGGAUUUAUUGUUUGUGCAUUUGUUUGUGCUGCUCACCUACAACCCCACCUUACUCUUCUCCUGUGUUGUCGCAAAGUUUCUGAGCGAUGGAGACAAAGAGCGUAACCAUAACUACCUCCUGCUGUUCUGCUGACAGAGGACCAUAGUUAAAUCAGAUGAUCAACCUAUAUGGUUGUUUAAUUCUGUGAAUUUGAAAUAAAAACAUAAUUUACAAAGCAAUGUGUUAUUAAAUAUAAUAUGAUUUACUAUGAAAGCACACUGUAGUCACCACAGAAAACAACAUGAAGACUUUUGUAUGUAAUAAAUACACAUAAGAAACAUUACCAA